CUCUUCCUCCGUCCUCCACUCUCACUCAGUCGAGCGGGCGAGCAGGAGGCAGCAGGCAGCUGCCGAGGAGCGAGCUGGGAGGCGACUCCAGCCUCCUCUCGAGCAGAUAGCCUCCUGUAGCAAUGGAAACUAAACGGUCGAGUAGCAGAAGGGAUGGAGGGCAGAGCUGCCGGACAGGUCAGCAGGGGUCAUGAGGGUGUCGGAGGCCCCGGUUGCCGCUCAGAGCAGCUGAAGCAGACAUGGCCAAAGAAGCUUCGGAUGGCAGCGGUACGCUCGGCCCCAUCGACUUCACCAGCCACAUCGUCCUUUGCCACAACCACCACUGGCUACGCAACAAGUUCUCUGUAUUUGCCAGAAUCUCCCAGUAAGACUUUGCGAUGAGAAUGUCGGACACGGUCGACGCCGAAACGAUGAAGGCGUCCGAGGCUGCCAGCACGGCGUCCCCUCCAAAAGACAGCGGCGCCAAGUGUGAGGCCGCAGACCAGAGCCAGGGCGGCAGAGACGAGCACGGCGGUAACAAUAAGAGGGACGUACAGACUGUGAAGUACUCUAAGUCCAACACCAGGCUCAAGCUGGUGCGGAGCCUGGCAGUGUGUGAAGAGUCCUUCCCUUGCCCAAUCCCUGAGCCUUCAGCAGCACCUCAGGAUGGAUUUCUUCUCAAGCCCUUUGAAAAGGAAGAUCGAGCCCCACAGGAGCAAGCGGAGAAAGAGGAAGGCUGCAAUAAGGCGGACAAACCUGAGAAAACAACGAGAAAAAUGCUGUCCAGAGAUUCCAGUCAAGACUACACGGAUUCAACUGGUAUAGACCUCCAUGAGUUCCUGGUCAACACAUUGAAGGGCAACCCCAGGGAUCGAAUCAUGCUGCUGAAGUUGGAACAAGACAUCUUGGACUUCAUCGGCAAUAAUGAAAGCCAAGAGCGAAAGUUCCCACCCAUGACGUCCUACCACAGGAUGCUGUUACACCGAGUGGCUGCCUACUUUGGCAUGGACCACAAUGUGGACCCCAGUGGGAAGUCAGUGGUGAUCAACAAAACCACCAACACUAGAAUACCCGAUCAGAAAUUCUCCGAGCACAUCAAGGAUGACAGGGCGGACGACUUUCAGAAACGCUACAUUCUCAAACGUGACAACUCCAGCUUUGAUCGCGACGACAGCACGAUCCGAAUGCGUUUGAAAGCUGACAAGAGGAGCAAAUCGAUGGAGGAGAGGGAGGAGGAGUACCAGCGAGCCAGAGAAAGGAUAUUUGCACAUGAUGGAGAUCACUUCAUCCUAGACAGAAGUGCUCAGGAUGAAGACGCAUGCAUGAGCACCCAACAGAGGCGGCAAAUGUUCAGGCUACGGGCCAGUCGUUCAGGCGCCAGCCGGCAGAGCAGCUCCGAGACCGAGACGCUGCCUCGGCACGGCGAGCCUCGGCCGUGGAGCAGCACUGACAGCUCGGACAGCUCCAACCGACUCGCCCCGCGGCCCGCCAUGACCAAGGCCAGCAGCUUCAGCGGCAUCUCCCCCGGCCUGGUCCGAGGGGACAGCACGGCCAGCAGCAAGAGCACCGGGAGGCUCUCCAAAACAGGUUCAGAAUCGUGCAGUAGCGUCGGCUCCUCGUCCAGCUCGCUGUCCCGUCCCCAGCUGCCCCUCCCACUCCCAGGCUCAUCCUGGUCCAACAUACCCAACGCGCCCUUAAUCCUCCCGCCGGGCGACACCAGAGGCCACGGACACCCGGAGAUGAUCAAGAGCAUCCCUUCCCAGCCGCCGUCAGCCGCCGACGCAACCAACUACUAUGUGUUGCCGCUGGAAGCCUCAGGGAUACCACCUGGCAGCGUUCUGGUCAACCCACACACAGGAAAGCCUUUUAUCCACCCCGAUGGCAGCGCUGUUGUUUAUAACCCGGCUGCCGUCAACCCUGCAGCUGGCAGGAACCCACAGCAGGGGAAAACCCCACAGCAGCCAAACCCUGCCCCCACCCAGCAACAGCAAACCAAUCACCUCCACUCCCAGCCGUUCUGUCCUCCUCUCCAGCUGUCCUGUGAGCCUGUCCACAACCCAACGGUCUCGUACCACCAUCUUCCUCCUCCUCUUCCUCCUUCUCAGUUCCUGCCCGUCUGUCCUAACCAACAGUACACUGUGUCCGACGCCCUAAACGCCCAGUUCAGUCACAUGACUCUGGCGCAGCAGCCGCCCGCCGAGAGUGGCGCUCCGGCUCCGGACGCCCGCCACUUCCCCACCUACCACCACCACCACCACCACCACCCUUCCCCCGUGGUGCUGCAGGGCGCUCCCCCUCACCCUCACCCUCACCCCCAGCACCAGCACCAGCAGCAGCAGGUUGCUAGCUACGUGAUGGCAGGGCCGUCGGGGGGACACCCAGGGGUCAUUCAAGGUCAGCACGUCUCUCUGCAGGCCCCCGGCCCUGGUCACGGGUACCCCAGCUCAACCCCGGGUCCUGCUGCGUUCCCCGGGCCAACGCUGAGCCAACAGCUGAUACAGCAGCACACAUACAUCCAGCAGCCGCUCCAGCAGAUGUCUACGUGUUACUGCUCUUCAGCCCAUCACCCCCACUGCUCCAACCAGCAGCAGCAGCAGCAGCACCACCACUACAGACCCCCUGUCAACCCGCUGUCCUUUAACUGCCCUCAGAGCCAAAACCUGCCCCAGCAGCAAGUGCACCAAGCCGUGAUGCCAAACCCAGCGUCCAACUACCAAACCAUGGUGGGCGUGCAGCCAACAGCCAACCUCGCUCUCACUGGCAACCAGCAAAGCAAUAUGGGCAACCAGAUGCAAGGCAUGAUGGUCCAGUACCCUCCAAUGCAGUCUUAUCAGCAGGUUUCCAUGCCACAGCAGGCGUACCAGCAGCCAGUGUUUGUGUCCUGUCAACCAGGACAGGGGGCGGUGGCGGUCGCCGGGAUGCAGCCCUGCUACAGCCUGCUCCCCCCGAACCAGCACACCACCAUGAGUUCAACGGUGAGUUUCCUGCCCGCCCCCAUGAUGGAGCAGCUCCAGUUUCAACAGACCUCAACCCAGUGCGUCUCCCAGCAGCACCCAGGCCAACAGUAUACAGGGUUGUUGCCCCCGGCGCCCGGCAGCGGCAUGGUGAUGCUGCAAAUGACAGGGCCCCCCUGCCAGCAGCCCCGGGCCCCCUCCCCCUGCCAGCGAAAACAGCCCAACCACAAGCACCCGGGCGCCGAGCACCCGCGCAGCCGCAGGCCCGCUGAGCUCCCCCUGCCUCCAGACAACACCCAGAGCAGCUUGCCCUCGUCUCCGGCACUCACUCCCUCGCCAGGCCAGCCGCCCAGCGCCAAGGGCCUCCCAUCAGGCAUCUCGUCCAUCCCUGUCAUGGCCCACCACCACCACCUCCACCCGCACCACCACCACCCGCAGCUCCCUACAGCUUUCUGCCACAGUGGACAAGGUGAAGCGCACUACUCCCUCCUGGGCCAACCCCUGCAGUACAAACCCUCAAUCAGGCCUCCGCUGAUCCAUGCUGCCCACAUGGUGGCCAAACACCAGGGUCCACUGGGGGUUUGGCGUAGCGGUCAUGGGAGGAAGGCCAGCAGAAAACCUCUGUCUUCAGAUCUCAGUGUAGGUCAAGCAGUGAGCAGCCACAUUCUGGAAGUGACACAUCCUCCGCAGGGGAUCAGCUGCACAGACUCCCACCCACUCCUGGCAGAGCUGUGCAAAGGGGGCAGAUUGAUCCAGCGGCGGCUGUCUGACCAUCGGCCCGGGCUGUGCGGAGACGCUCCCAGCGGACACCUGGCCCCAUCAUACUCCAUCUUUGCCAUCCUUCCCUCCAGAUACAACAACCCCCAGGCCGACUUCAAACCCCGAACUAGUACCAGACACAAAGGGGGAGCUGUGUGACUCGGGACGAGGCCGGUUUCAUAGCUGCUGAUGAUCACAGUGCGCCCAAGGAGCGCCACAUGAACGCACAUCCAACCACCUGCCUCUGCUGCCUCAGUCUGGACUGCCCUCGGUUCAAGUCCCAGACUCUGUCCAAAUCCAAAAACAGUAUCCAAUGUUUGAAGAAUGAAUGUUUACUUUUAUUUAGUUUUACUUCAUUUUAUCUUUUUUUUUUUUUCGGCCAACAGGUCCGUGCAGGGUGGGAAAUUGAGUUUUGUUUGUGAAAUAUGUCCGCGGCCGCAGAGCUCAACUCUAGGCCCCGCCUCUAUUCUAAAACUAAGUUUGCUAUUUAAAGCGUUUGGAGAGCUUUGGGAUUCAUUUGCCAGCUUUAAGUGACACACUGUGGCUCUUUUUCUUAUUUUUAUUAGCAGGUGUAUGAAUGUGAUACCGACACAUCCCACAAAACAAAAACCUACACAUCUGUUUUUGUGCCCACUUUAAAAAAAAAAUCGGGGCUCACAUCAUUUAAAAACUGAGCGUUCAUAUCGAAGCAGUGGCUCUGUCUUACUCAACAUCCAUCAAUACUUCCAUCAUGUGUGUCCCUGCUUGAUCUCAGUCCCCGCCUCGUCAAUCCGAUCAGCAUUUAUCUCCCGUUAGUUUCACAGCGAUGGGUCUUUCUCGUUCAUCGUGGUCCCCAACAAUCACACGCAGCUGCACUUGUACAAUGUGAGCCCAUACAAUAAUAAACACUGAAUAAUAGAUAUACUACCUGAAUUAUUUAAAGUCACUUUUAUACACAGUGAAUGUUGGAUUUGCACUGAGUGAUGAAGGAGAUGGAGGUGUGUUUGGAAUCAUACAGGGCCUGGAUUUUUCUUUUAUUAACCCCCAUUGUACCUGUUUGUUGCACUCGGCCAGGCCACUUUCUUUUAUAUUUAAUUAAAAUGUUUAUAUGCACAAGAAAA